UCAGAUUACUCACUUAAUAUUUCUGUGUAAUUUUGUGUAAAUUUGCAAAAUAAUUUAUCUAAAGCGUAGAGAAAUGCCAACCAACUAGUUACUAAACGUUUAAACUUGCAGCUUUUGUUCGUAUUAAUAGCAAAAUAUUAAUAUGGACAAAUCUAUUUUGAAUCAGUUCACAUCCUAUGUUGAGCAGCUACGCAAUACGGAAUGCAGUCAAAAAGAGAAGAUUACGUACUUCCAACAUAUUUCCGAGUGCAUUAUGUCGCCGGGGUUGGCGGGCCACAUAAACUAUGCCACCCACAUUAAUACGGCGACUACCGUGUUGCUGCUGUUUUGUGAGGAUCUGGAUCCUGUGGUGCGCAUGAAUGCGGAGGAAAAUCUGAAUCGCAUAUUUCGUGCACUGGAAAAAACACGUGUCAGUCGCAUACUAAUGGAUUUAUACGGCGAAAUAAAGCGCAAUGGCAACCAACGCUCGUUGCGCAUCUGUUUGAACUUAUUUGCUUACUAUGCCCCGCAAAUAAGAGAACGUAAUAUUAAAUGGUAUGCUGUACGUUUAUUGCCCUGCUUACAAACCAUCGCUCAACGUAAGGAGACGCAGCUUUGCGAGACGUUAUGUGAAUUUGUGAAAAAUUUUGGAAAAUAUUUGCAAAUGGGUUUGACGGACAGUGAAUCCUGUAAACUGUUUGAGGCUUUCAUGGCAAAUAUUGGCGUCGAGUGCGCGGUGAAACGUCGCUGCUCUGCGCAAAACUGCAUCAGUCUAAUUGAAAAUUCGCGCAAUAAGAGUUUGAUGGCCAAACAUGGACUAAGCAAGGCAUUUGAAUUUCUACUUGCCGACCAGCAACAACACAACGUGGUCGGUGUGCUCGGCUUCCUGCGCUUGCUGUUGCCAUUAAUCAUACAUGGAUUCAGCUCUGAUUGUCCGGACGAUUGCGAUGAUGGCCACAGCACACAAGCACACGCCGGAGUCAAUAAAGGCAGGGCAAACACAAGACCGACACCGACGAAGACAGGCGCAGGUGCAGGUGCAGGCGGUGCGCACACAACACAAGCCACUGCAACGACAACAACAACAACAACAACUGCAAUGCCAAUCAACACUGAGUGCAGGCAAAUUAUUGAAAUUUUCGAUUAUUGUUUGCAUUUGUUGAACAUCAGCAGUGCUUCUCAGCAUUCCAUCAUAAAUGCCGCACUUGAGGUCAUCAAUGCUGUGCUGCAGGCACUCGAAGCUGCUGCUGCUGCUGGCAACAACAACGGCCACCAAGGCAACGGCAACAGCAACGGCAACAACAAUGAUAUUUUAAAAUGGUUGCAAGCAGCAUUGUGUAAUCAACAAUUGCAACAUGCCGAGUAUCUGCGGCGAAGGAAAUCAUUAAAGAAUCAAAUAUUCCAAUUGAGAAAUUACGAGGCGGCAGCCGCAGCAACGGUGGUGGUGUCGACACCUGCAUGGCAGCAGCGGCGUGGCGUUGCAAGCGAUUUUCAUGAAUUGACUGGAAAAGACGUUGAGUGCGAAGAUGAAGGUGAAGUUGUAUUGCGUCGAGCACCGAAUAUGCGCUUUACCGGGCGCAGCGUCAGUGAAUGUGUUAUUGACGAAGAUGAUGAUGAGACGCAUAGAACCGCAUUGUCAACAGAUUUAGUUGCCGUUGUGCAUACUGAUGUCGAUGCUGAUGCCGAUGCCGAUGCCGAUGCCAUUGGAAGAGCUAUCUAUGCCGAUGGCGUUGUCGGUGUGCUUGUCGAUGUGGAUGACGAUGACUUUACAACACUUUCGGAAAUAAAUGAACCACAACAGCUUAGGGCGUCGACGGCAGUUGCGAUGGCGCCGCCAUCCUAUGCACUCACAACAACAAUUGACGUUGAUAAUCUGAUUGAUGCAAUUGACGCGACAACAACAACGGCAACGGAGGCCGCCACAAGCAGCAGCACCAGCACCAGCACCAGAUGCGGCACCAGCAAUCGCAAUCGCACUGAUAUUGGCGCUGUGCAAACAAAAAUGCAAGGCAUGCAACCGCAAAACGAACAUCAACAGCAGCAACAACAAGGGCACAAUGAGCAGCAAUCUCUUGAACGACAGGUAGAGCCGCAAAAUUUGCUUACUGCUCCCUCGCAAAUUGGUGCUGUCGGCUUCGCAGGUGUUGGCGUCGAUGCGGGUGGUAGCGGCAGCGGCAGCGGUGAUGACAAAUCACAACAUUUGAGUGACAUCGACAAUGAAUCCUUCAAUAGCAUUGAUUUUGAGGCGGAAAUCACCAUAGCGGGCAUGACGACGGGCGGCGCGGCGGGCACCAGUGCGUUUGGUUCGCCCACAAAAAGCAAUGCUGAGCUAACGACAACAACAACAAGCGGUAUAAGCGGUGAUACGGCGCCUGCUGGUGCGGCUGCAGCCGGCGACAACGCUGCCGGCAACAAAUUGAGCAGCAGCGGUGACACAAUUGGCUCGUUCUUCAACAAUUUGAUUUCGAAUGCAGCUUCUGAAUCGAUGAGCAAACUGUUUCGGCCGUCUUCAGUCGUACGUGCCACACCCACAAAAAGCGUGCCGCCCACUGCAAGCGAUAAAAGUGAUGUCGUCUCCACCGCGUCGGCGGCGACCAGUACGGCACCAGCGGAUAGCAUUUCAUUGAUAUCAACGGCAAGCAGUGGCAAUAAAGCGCUGGAUUCGGGUAACUCUGUGGCAGCUGAUCCGCAAUCCGACUCCGUGCACACAUACACACACUCGAUUGCCAGCUCCUCUUUGGGCAUGCAUGACGACACGGUGUCCACGGCAUUGUUGGUGGAUACAAGUUUGCAAAGCGUGAGCGAAUAUGACACGGAGCGGGCGCCUGCACAGGCUGAACCGAUGGGCAGGGAGCGACGCGUGCCAAAUGCAAACCCUUUCUUGAGUGACAAAACUUCGAUGGAACAGUCGGCUUUGGGUCAACAAUCGCAGCUCACUUUAAAAAUAGGGACACCCUUCGAGCAAUCCAUCGUACGCUACACGGCGCGCUUGAUAGCCGCACGUUUCCUGCUUGCAGGACAAGCAGGCGUUCUGUUGCAUGACACGCAAAUACGUAUCUCCAUCAAGAGUCUUUCGCUGUCGGUGCUGGCGCAUUGCGUACGCUUCGAUCCAGAGGUGUUGCAACUACCCUUGGAGAUAACCGCGCGUGAGUUGCUGGAUAUUAGCAAGCAGUCGCCCGCGCUUGGCGCAUCGGCGGUUAUACCAUCCUCUUCCAAAAGCUCGAGCGCCAGCGGCAGUCCGCAAAGCGACGACAAUGUCAGCGGCAGCAGCUCAAAUUUGGGCAAAGACUAUGAGCACUUGGAUGCAGUGGACUUCAUUAAAAGCAGCAGCACGCAACCCACAGUGGCAACAGCCGCUGCGACACUUAAUGAUUUGCCCGCUGAAUUGCAGCUGCUCGAAAUUAAGGACGAUCAUUUUGGCAAAAGCACCUGUGAUUACUUACUGCAUUCCACAACUGAGCUCAGUAAGAGUGCCGAUCCGGUGCUGAUGUCACAACAAAUGCGCGGCACACCCGGCAAACCUGCCACGAAGCACAUUCAACAGCCUUUAUCGAAGUCGGAAAUUAUUGCAACGAAAACGUCGCAGAAGCAGCCACCGCAACGCUCUCCAAAUCAGUCGCAGUCAUCGCCUUAUCGCGUCACCGAAUCCAUGGAGGAUGCGCCACCACAAAUGCUUCCGCCGCGUCCGCCUAAGCGCACGAAAUCGCAGCGCAAAUCGAUUGCAGCCGCUACAACCACGGUCACAGCUCUGAUGCAAAUUGAUGAGCAUUUCAGUAGACGACCUGCACCGGACGCACCUUCACAACAACCGCAACAAGUGACCGAUGCGCUGCUCUACUAUAAUCACAGCGAUCCCAUGUUGCGCGGUGGCGUACAGCAAAUUAUUGGUGGAUUUUUCCAAGCGAUGGGCGUGAAAGAUUUAGGCGCUAGCUUACAGUUGAAUGUGCAACAUCUAUUGGCGAUGCUUGUGAAGGGCCUGCAGGACGACAUACACACGGUGGUCAUACAGGCGUUGAAUGCAUUCGAGAAGAUAUUUCCGUAUGUGGUGUCCAAAUAUUUGAUAUUGCCGGCAGCGCAUCAUCAGCACAAGCAACAAAAACUGCAACAACAACAAACACAUACCGGCAGCGCUGAAAGUACGGCAGCUGAGGCAGCUGAAGCGGUUGAUAAGAGUGGCCGGAAAUGCCAUGCUAAUGCCGCUGGCCAAGUGCCACAACAGCAAGAACAACAACGCACUAACGAUGCAACAAAAUCUGGCUUCUACACACACGUUGACAGCAGCAGCAAAUCGCCAGCAAAUGCCACUGCUGCUAAGACAUGUCCUCGAACGCUUUUCAACGAUAAUGAUGCGCUUAUAGCUGCACUUUUGAAUGAUUUUCAAUUGCAAUCGAAAUCGAAUCGUAACGGCAACAACAGCAACAACGACAACACCAACGACCAGCAUACAAAUGAUACUGCCACUCAGCCGCAGACGGCAGCCGUGGCAGGCAGUAGCAGCAGCAGCAGCAAUACAACUGAUCCACUUGCACAGCCACUUCCGCUUCCGUUGGCCGCUUUGCGCAUUUCACCGAAAUUGCUGUUGAGCAAACUUCGUCUAUGUCAUUACAACAAAUAUUGGUUAGUUCAAAAUAAAUACGCCGAAGUUAUUUCGAAUUUAAAUUAUGCUGCCUUACAUGCGGCAUGCAACGAUUGCCAUGGCCACUGUUGUGGCACGGCGAUUGGCUGUGCAUGUGACAUUGGCGGCGACGGCGGCGCUGAAGUGCUGGAAGACGUCGGCGCCUUUGCUGUCAGUGGCUGCUGUGACGUCUUCGUUGCUGAUAACAAUACCGUUAAUGCCACAUUGCCUGGCGGCGGUGGCGCUGCCACUGCGUAUGCGUGUGGCGAGGAUAUGUCAUACAAGGAUUUGGACGAUAGUGUCUGCAUUUACGAGUCCCAAUUUUUGGAUGAACUUUUGCAAUUGAUCGGCAACGAUGAUUUCCGUGUCAGAGAAAACGCCGCGCUUUGCCUCUGCCGCUUCAUCAUGCGAAAUGCAAAACACAAGCAACAACAACUAUAUUCCAACAACCCAACAUGCAACUCGUCGAAUAAAAUUGAAAAUUCGGGCGUUGCGCCUUUCGGUUUUGGUUUUGAUGUUGCUGCUGGCAAUGCCGCGGGCGCUGUGGCGUCUGGUGACGACAAAUCGCUCUCGCCGGCCACCUAUGAGACUAAUUUCAAUUUGCUGUGGGAUUUUUUCGACUAUCGCCUGUUUAGCGGUCUGCCAUUGCCGUUACGUAAUUUAUUCAGAGCCACGUCAACGCCAACAUUGCCGGCGACGACAACUGCCACAGAAGUCACAACAGCAGCGGCUGCGUUGUCGCUCCAUAGUAACGGUGAUUUUUACGGCGCGCUGCCACAACGCCAUCGCGCGGAAGAGGAGAAAUUGUUGGCCAAAGUUUUGUAUCGCAUGACAAAUAAACUGAUGGAGCUCGAGGAUAAAAAUGCACAGUUCGGCAUAAUUUACACAUUGAAAAUGUUGCUGCAAGAUUUUAAUUUCAUUGAUUACCAGCGUGCAUGGACGGAAUUUAAUUUCAUUGAAAUCUGCCAGAGAUUCUCCUACCACAAUUAUGCCACGGCCGUGGACUUGGCUUGCCAGAAUGAUUUGAUUGAUGUUACCGGCAAACUAAUGGCAGGCUACAUGCUGGCCUCCACGUUAACCGUCGAUCAACCGGAACGCUCCCUGCAAUUACAAUUGGAUCAACUGUUGGUGCAUGUCAUGAAGAUACUCAACAUCUACUAUCAUUUGAUUACGCAACAGAAGCCCCAACUAUUUGUGAAAGUGCAGAAAAGCGAUCUGUUCGCCAAUGCGAAGGAAUUGGCGCUGGUGCAGAGCGUCGGAUAUUUCGGCAGCGAUUACAUUUAUAUAAAACUUUACAACAUUUUAAGAAGUGCUAAUGACAGCUACAAGAUAACGAUAAAUCAAGAAUCCGGCAGGUUAUUAAUUUCGCUACUCCGGACGUGCCUCAACACUUUGGGCUUGUGCAUUGAAUUGCGCGCCCACACCGCACCAACACCAACACCCGCCGGCACGCCCACCGGCCAUACGCCCAGCCAUGGGCGGCAGCGCGGCCACAGCCCCGGCAGCAGUGGCGCGGAUACUGCGUCCAACACUGGAGCUGGCGGCGGCGGCAGCAGCAGUGCUACGGCAGUCUUCCCAACCAACGCCACUCUAAAAUUAAUUGAAGAAAUUCUCCAGUAUUUGAGCAAACUCGUAAAUUAUGCGCCCGGCGAGUGCAUCGCAUGUCUGCGGCAACUGUUGAAAUAUUUAUUUGGCCAAAAUUAUGGCAACCAGCAGCGAGACUAUUAUGCCACAUUCAUAAGGCCGUAUUUUGUGGUGCGCAGCAAAGGACAACAGCUGCAACUACACCUACAGCAACAGCAACAGCAGCAGCGGAGUCCGCAGAAACAACAAAAGUGGCCAACACACAACAAACAACAACAGCAACACGCUCAGCAGGGAAGUAGCCGUAGAGGAAGCAACAGCAGUAAGUUCACGCAAGCCAGUGGCGAUCACCAGCAGGCAAUGACUAUGUUGCAUGCCAUAAAUUCCGCUGCUGCAACAACUUUGGCUUCCACCGCCACAGCUGGAGGAGUUCUGAGAUCAAUGGCAACAACAAGUGAUGACUCAACAAGCGCGCUGAAGGGCGCAGCUGGCAUUGGUUUGUCGACCCCGACAAUGACUACGUCAACUGUCAGACAUAAUGAGCCAAAUGUAAUUGGUGCACAAGCAAAAGCGACUUAUGCCAACCGUGGUCAGGCGCUCAUUGACUCCGGUCAUGCCAGUGGCGUUGUGAGUGUUGCAGCUGUUGCAGCUGGUGGCAACGACCACAAUCAACCGCACUUGUCGGCUACGGAGUAUUAUCGUUUGAUGGGCGAAUUAUUUGCGAGCGGCCUAAAUUUGCAAGCUGCCAAGUCGGAGCGUGCCGGCGACUGUGUAAAGCAUAUUAAACUAUUUGAGCCGCUGGUAAUCUAUUGUCUCAUGCUUUUCCUCAAAUCGAAUGCCCGUGUCCAGGCGCCCAUAUUGGAGUUGUUGUCACAGUUGCUGGAACUCAAUGUCACUUACAGUGUGUUGGACUCGAAAAAUGUAAUAUUUGAUCAGAUUUUAAACAAUUUGGAUUUAAUUGAAAAAUGGCAUCGUCAGAAAUGGCCCGGUCAUCAUUCCGCCAAUGAUUAAAUUCCUCAUACAGUUGACACACAAAAGCGAUCGCAAACUUAUAACCAUACCGAAAAUCAUCAGCAUCACCAACAACUUACUGGCCAA